UUGAUAAGGUUGGCAGCGUUGGAAUUUGGCUCUCACUCUGCCUCACACCUUGACGUCCUCCACCACCCACAGGACGACCUCCGUUUGACUCCUUCGUCCAGGAUGGAUCCCUGUGAGGAGAACACGUACGAGACCCCAGAGCUUUACCUGAACCACACACCGGCUAUAUACGACAUGCCGGCCGAGGAGGAGUCCUACGUGGAUGCCUCAGUAGAGUACGAGAACACCAGACGGUCCCUUAAGAAGGUAUCUCUUCCCCCUUCUCUCCCACCGCCUCGGCUUCCCACUGAGGAGAGGCGAGGCAGCUCCUCUUCCUCGUCCUCCUCGUCCUCCUCGUCCUCCUCACACGGUGGAGAUAGAGACAAGGGGGAGGUGGAGGAGAAAGAAGUACAGAAGAUUGAGGUGAGGCCGAGCAGCAAAGACCUCUCUUGGGAGAGUCAGGAGAUGCAUGUGGACGAGAGGAGCUCAUCACGCAGGUCAUCGGCCUCAUCAUCCUCUUCAUCCUCUUCAUCGGCGUCUGAGAAGGAACCUGAGGAGAAGCCAGAGCAGGAGAAGGAUGAAAUGAAGAUCACACUUUAUACCAAGGCCGGCCAGGACGGGGAGAGCAUCGGAAACUGUCCUUUCUCUCAGCGCCUCUUCAUGAUCCUCUGGCUGAAAGGAGUCGUUUUUAAUGUCACCACUGUGGACCUCAAGAGGAAACCAGCCGACCUCCACAACCUGGCCCCGGGGACACACCCGCCCUUCCUCACCUUCCAGGGGGAGGUGCUCACCGACGUCAACAAGAUAGAGGAGUACCUGGAGGCCGAGCUGGCGCCACCGAAGUAUCCCAAACUCGCAGCGAAGAACCGCGAGUCCAACAUGGCCGGAAGCGACGUGUUCGCCCGGUUCUCUGCCUAUGUGAAAAACACCAGGCCGGAUAAGAACAGGGACUUAGAGAGGAGUCUGAACAAGGUCCUGGCGAAGCUGGACACUUAUCUGCUGAGUCCACUUCCUGACGAGGACGAGACGGGACGCCAGAGCGGCAAAGGGGAUUCAACUCGCAAAUACCUGGACGGGGAGGAGCUGACGCUGGCGGACUGCAACCUGUUGCCCAAACUCCACGUGGUCAAGGUGGUUGCGAAGAAGUACCGGAACUACGACAUCCCGUCGGAUUUCAGAGGGGUGUGGCGCUACCUGGGCAACGCCUACAGCCGAGACGAGUUCACCAACACGUGCGCGGCUGAUGCGGAAAUCGAACUCGCCUACAAGGACGUGGCCAAGAGGCUGGGGAAGUGAGCGCGUCGGGGUCACACUCACUAUUUUACUUUUUUCUCCAACUAAAAUCCUACUUGCGAUGAACAGGAUGUGUAGCAGUGACGCUGAAAUAAGCUUAAAGGGGUGUGAGUCAGUCCAAAGGUCUGAUGCCUCUGUAACUGCUUUAUGGAGGAGGCCUGAUAGUUUGAUUGAAGUUUGAUUGUGGUGAUUAAACUGCUCAGAAAUCGUGUUAAUUUAUAUUCGUUGAGGUAAAAUAUGUAAUUUUGGAACAAGCACUUCAUCCGACCACUGAUUGCAGUAAUUUACAGUCACUUUAGAACGACCUAUGUCUGGUUACAGUUAAUCUGCUGAUUACGCAGGAUGCAUAAAACAGGGUUGAUCAUUUCCCCUGUGUUAUUUUUCUGUUUCCAGCCAAAGCGAUUUGUCGCUGCCCUCCUUUUCUUAAUGUCUGACUUUAAAUCGCACAUUUUUCGUCUGCUUUAACUGGUUAAACUAAAACACACAUUUAAGACUGUUUUCCAGCCAAAGUCAUUUGUCUUUGAUGGGCGUGGUGUCAGCUCUGUGGACUUUGGACAUGUCUCUGUCUUCAUGGGGAAAAGACUCAUCUCCUUUAACUACGUCAUCCCUUUUUACUUUCAAUUUUACCUUCGAAUAUAUUUUCAAUUUACUCUCAGAUUAAAAUGUUGAAUUCAAUCUAAUAAACGAGCCUCUGAUGAUAUAGAAAAGUUCACCCGCUUGCCGUGUUGAGUACAAACUGAUUUAAGUGAAUGUAAUUUUAAUGACAAGUGCCUCAGUGGGCAUCUCCUCUGCCUUCAGCUCUUUAUGUCUGUACAGUAAAUUAUAUAUAUUUGAAUAUGAUAUAAAUGGGAAUUAUGGAUGUCGCCUGCUUUCUGAAUCUGUGUGAUGAUAAUAAAUAUGUCUGUAAAUGAUUAUUAGAGAUCAUUAUAUUGCUUCUGAUGAUUAGAACCGCAAACCCCACUGUGUAUAUGUCACUUGUUGGAAUAAUAAAUCUAUUUUCUCAGAGA